AUGGAGAACUUUCAAACCACUUACAAUUCCAACACCACAUCAGCAAAUGAAGCAUUGAAGAGUCUGGGUUCUCUAUUUACGACUGAAAGGACAAAACUCCAAGAAAUUCGCACUGGUCUGAAAACUGACCAUAACUCCUUUCAAACCACUAUUUUGUCUCAGCUUUCUCAACUUAAGGACGAACUUGUAAAAGAAAGCACCCUCAAGGAUUCUCUCGCUCUUAAAACCAAAGAAGCCAAGCUAUUAAGCACCAAAAUUGAAGCUUCGGAGAAACAAGUCAAUGAUUUGUUAUCUGAGAGGGCUGUCAUGAGAAGCUGUAUAACUGAUGUUACUGGUUUGCUCUCAGACAUCAUUGAGACUAGGGACUCUAUGAUAACCAUUACUAUACAUAAGCAUCUGCAAGAGAAGUUAAAGACAGUAUUUGCCAUGCUUCAUCGCCUUGAAGGUGUUUCUGAUCAAUCCUUGAAUCUGAAACAAGGGGGAGAAAGUGUCAUUGGAGGAGCUAGAAAAGAAAAUGUGGCUGAGGGAUCACGUACAGAAGAACCUAAAAAUUUAGUCAAGCCACCCAAAGCCCCUGUUAAGACUAUUGUCAAGAAGGAACCAAAGGAAAAGGAAGUUGUUUCGUGA